CAGAAACCAUCUUGACAUUUUGGGCAGCCCGAGCUGGCCGAACAAGCUUUGGGCUGCGUCAUGAGCGAUUGGCACUGGAUCAACCUGCCGGGUGAUCGCCAUGAGCAGGUGGUGGCAGACUUGGAGGCGCUUCCAGCAUCAGACCGCGGCAGACCUGGAACAGGUCGUGGCAUGAUUGUCAUUCAGACUAACGCUAGGUCAUCCUUCCACGUCAGCUUUAGCCACACGGAGGCUCCCACCCGCGGCACAGAUGUGCCUUGCCUGCGCUUCGUGGUGGGAAAGCGACAGAAUUCCAUGACCUCCGUGGGCCUGGGCAACCCCUACUUGAAGAAGGAGCCCAUUGACUUUACGCGUCAAGCGGACGCUUUGCUCACCGACACGGAGAAGAGUCGAACCUAUUGGUUCCUCUAUGACCGGGAGGUAGCGGUGGCAGCAAUGGGCGUUCAGGCAAAUCCGCAGGCGGACUCGUGCCGGCUCCUGACCCGCUUCAAAGACUGCUUCAGCGGUUUUCGGGAGGAGGUGUGCCAGCAGCUGCGCUACGUCAUCGUGUCCUCGGGCAAGCGCCCCAUCUCCCUGCGGGUGGUGCACAUUGACGCGCCGCCUGACAUCUCCAUCCCUCGAUAUCUGUUCGAUCCAGUUUCAUGGAGGGAGUUGCCGUGGCAAGGGUGCAGCUGCGUGUUCCAGCCGGACGAGGCGCACCUUCAGCUGAUCAAGCGCGCUCAGCAGCUGAUCGCAGCUUCCCCUUUGGGCACGCUUUAUCAGCUGAUAGGACCAGACCACCUGUGCCUCAACGCGGUGCGGUUGCUGGAUCCCUUCCGCCGAACCGAGCUGCAGCGACAGCCGCAGAGCGUCGUGGUGGAGAGCACAGAGGAGGAAGAGUGGAGGGCCUGCUUUGAGGAGGUGGACCGGCGCCUGGUCACCGUCUUCCACUCUGCGCCCUGGACCUUUUGGCCCCUGCGCUUCGAACGCGCCGACUGCACUUCUGUGAGCUUGGCUCCAAUAGGCCCAGGUGCUCAAGAGUGCGUGGGCGCCUGGGUGUCGGCCGUGGAAGCCGCCACGGGGCUUCGGAACAGCGCCACCCACCGGGAGAUGCUGACCUUGGACUUCGCCUACCAGGUCUUUCCUGUGGAAGGCGAGAACGCGGUGCAGGCCAGGAGAGACCUGGCGAGGGAGAUCACGGCCCUGCUUCAGAAGGAGUGGGGCACCAUGGACUUCCGAGAUCCGAAGCUGGCGGUCUGGCAGACCAAGGCCCAUUGGCGGCCUUUCCAGGCCUCCUAUAUACCGACGGCCCCUACGCCCUGAGCCCUGAGGCAGGUCUUGAUUCGGCAGCUUUUCGUUUCACCCCCCGGCGGCCUGAAGAACAGGCUGGCGUGGCCUCCGAAGCGGCG